GCCGUUGGGACCACAAGAAAUACGUCGGCAUGGCAUUGAUGCUGCGCAAGAUGCGACUGUCGGGCGCGAGUCGCUGGACGGCUACGAUUCGGAGUUUGCAUCACUUCAACGCUCCAAGACUUGCCGACCUAGUUCUCGUGCGUCAUGGAGAAAGCGAAGGCAAUGUCGCCCGCGAACUGUCCAUGCGAGGCGACCACAGCUUGUACAGCGGCGAGUUCAAGAAUCGACACAGUUGCAACUGGCGGUUGACUGAUCGCGGGCGUGAACAGGCCGAAGCGGCUGGUGAGUGGCUGCGCAAAGAAGACCUGGCGUACUACGAUCGAUACCUUGUGUCCGAGUACUUGCGUGCGAUGGAGACGGCUGCCCGAUUCAACCUGCCGGACGCGCAAUGGUACGCCGAAAUGCUGCUGCGCGAACGAGAUUGGGGGCAAAUGGACCUCAUGUCCGAAGCCGAGCGCAGCGUUAAGAUGCAAGACGAGCUCAAACGACGUGAUCUCGAUCGGUUCUACUAUGCGCCACCCGGUGGCGAAUCCCUUGCGACCGUCGCGCAGCGGGUGGACCGGUUGAUGUGUGCAUUGCAUCGCGAGCUACCCGGCAAAAAAGUGCUGCUGGUAUGUCACGGCGAUGUCAUGUGGGCACUUCGCACACGACUCGAGCGCAUGAGCCAAGACACAUUCCGCGAACUCCAAUUGAGUGGUCGCAUGGUGGACCAGCUUCACAAUGGCCAUAUUCUCCACUACACGCGGACGGAUCCGACGACGGGCAAGGUCGCGCCCUUCUUUACGCACAUGCGAUCCGUUUGCCCGUGGAACGAGAAGCUCAGCCCCAAGGGAUGGAUCAAGAUCAACCGCCCUGUCUACGACAACGAGAUGAUGCUCGCGAUUGCCGAGCGCGUGCCUCGGAUGAUUGUGUCAGAGGAGUAUAUCCAACAAACGUACCGUCAGCAGACACACAGCACCCCCGUCAUUGCUCCUCUGAACCCCAACAUCGAAUGCCCGCUCGAUCCGUCCGUCAAAGUGCCCAAGGUGACGCUCAACAAGGUCGUCGUCGUCAACAAGAUGACUCGAUACCAGCACGAAGAAUCGUUGUACGGCAAUACGGGCGAAGCGCUCAAGAAGCAAAUGUCGAUGCGUGGCUUCGUCUACGAUCGACUCAAGGCCAGCCACGACCACCACAUGGACGCCCUCGAUGACGUUACCUCGUGCCUGAAGGAGCACAACAUCGCAGUGUCGGUGGUGAACGCGCACGAGCUCACGCACGAAGCGUACGAUGGCGCGGACAUGGUGUUUUCGGCCGGGGGCGACGGGACGUUUCUGAAGGCGGCGAGUUUUGUCAACAAGCCGAUUCCCCUCACGGGACUCAACACGGACUCGGCACGCAGCGAAGGCAAUCUGUGCUGCUACUCGAUCGAUGCCACAUGCAACCGGUUCGUCGUCGUGCUCGAACGACUGCUCAAAGGCGAGUUUGAGUGGCUGAACCGCCAGCGCAUUCGAGUUGGCAUGGUCAACCAAGAAGGAUUCAAGUAUGAGCUGCCUCGAUACGCCCUGAACGAGGUAUUUAUUGCCGAGUCGGAUGCGUCGCGGCCAUCGUUCUACAACAUUGGAAUCGACCAACACCAGCGCGAAUCCCAUCGGAGCAGCGGCAUCAUUGUGUGCACGGGGACAGGGUCGAGUGCGUGGUACUACAGCGCGUCGCAAAUCCACCGCGAACAGAUCUCGAGCAUCCUCCACGCGAUGGACUUUCACAGCUACACGAACGAGACCGUGACGGAAAUCACGGAAACGUACAGCUGUCGAUGAUAUGUGCGUCUCCACCGGCAUGACGGCGUUCCAUGACUAGACUGAACAAGGACAACAUGUUUGCCGAAGAUUCGCUCGACAUGGGCUACGUCGUCCGCGAGCCCAUUAUCAACGCGACCUUUGGCGACAUUCGGUUUCGAAAGGGCAAAGCGCGCCGCGUCUCGAUGCGGUCCCUCGGAUGGGAUAUGAAAGUGAACCUGGAUGGGCUCUACUCGGUCCCGUUGAACUACGGUGUCCAAGCCGUCAUGAAGAUCUGCACCGAGCCGCAGUACGCCCUCCGCACGGUCGACUUUACCACAGGCGACAAAUCUCGGCUCGACAAAAAAUUCAAGUCGCGGAGUUAAAUUAUCACAAGAUUGAACGGUUCCCAUCGUUGUUGGUGGUUGUUGUCCCUCGUACCCCAUGGACGCGAUC